AUGGCCAUCUCUCAAACAAACCCAGACCCAAAGAGAAAGAUUGUCAUCUUCUCCGACUUCGAUGGCACAAUUUUCAUGCAAGACACAGGCCAUGUCCUGGUCGAUGCCCUAGGCGGCGGAGAAGAAUACAGACACAAACUAGAAGCACAAUUUGCUUCCGGCGAACGAACAUUCCGCGAAAUCUCCGACGACAUGUGGGGAUCCCUGAACAUCCCCUUCGGUGACGGCUUCGACCUAAUGGCCCAGACCCUCAAAAUCGACCCCGGCUUCCAAGAAUUCCACGACUACUGCCUGAAAGAGGGUUUCCCAUUCAAUAUUAUCAGCGCAGGACUAAAACCCGUUCUCCAGCGCACACUGGACAUCUUCCUCGGCGAGAAGGCCGAGUCUUUGAACAUCGUCGCAAACAAUCUCGAAGCCCCAGGUGGUGUCCCCUGGAAGCCUGUCUGGCUUCACGACUGCGACACCGGCCUCGACAAGGCUUAUAGCGUAAACGAAGCACGCAGCCAAGCACAACUGGACUGUCUUCCCGGCGAGAUUCCACUCAUCAUUUUCAUCGGCGACGGCGUCUCCGAUCUCCCUGCUGCGCGCGAAGCAGACGUUCUAUUCGCGCGCCGCGGCCUCCGUCUCGAGCAACAUUGCCUGGAGCACGAUAUCCCGUACAUCCCCUUCGACACAUUUUCCGAUGUGAAGCGCGAGGUCGAGGCUAUCAGUAUCGAGGACCAGAAGAAGACUGGUGGACAGGGCAAGCCUGCACGGUAUAACCCGCGUGCCAACAUGUGGCGCAGUCUUUCGAGCAAGGAAGCUGUUCCUACGCUUAUGGCUACUGGUACGCCUUCGGCUGCGGAGAAGAUGUCGCUUUGGCCUGAUUACUUCUCUGCGCCUAAGAAUGCUCAGCCCGAGACUAUAAAGGAAUGA